UGCACCAGUCAAUCAUCAGUUAACCGUUGGUAAACACAACAACCUUAACAAUGCAAGUAUUUCUUCUGUUGGCUGUCCUGGCAGGCAUUGCCUCUGCUAUUGACUACUGCGCCUUGCCCACUUGCCUGGACAAGCACAUAGCCUGCAAUAACAAAGGAAACUUUAGCGAGGAAUGCCCCAAGGAUGUGCGGGAGGUUAACAUUCAGCCACACGAGAAGUUGAUCCUGACCCUGUUCAAUGAGCUGCGCAACAAGGUUGCCGGAGGUGGAAUCGAAGGACUGCCCAAGGCUGCACGCAUGGCAAAGAUGACAUGGUGCGAGGAGCUGACCCAUCUGGCCCUCUUCAAUGUGAAGACUUGCCAGUCACUGCCAGACAAGUGCCGCAGUACCGAACGCUUCGCCUACGCUGGCCAGAACAAUGCCAUUUUCAGCUACAGCGGUCCCGAGUCCGAGUACACCGAUGCCGAGAUUGUCAAGGAGCAGAUUGAGAACUGGUUCGGUGAGCGUGUCAAUGCUUCGCCUGAGAUUCUGUCCAGUUUCCCAGAGGAUUUGCCAAACAAGAAAGUAGCCAAGUUCACCAUCGCCGUGUCCGAGAAGAACACCCAUGUGGGCUGUGCCGCUGUGCGCUUCUCCCGCGACUACUACAACCACUUUGUGCUGACCUGCAACUUUGCCACGACCAAUGUGAUUGGCCAGCCCGUGUACACUCCCGGCGAUAAGGCCACCUCGGGCUGCAAGAAUCGCUAUGGUGCCGCCUUCGACUAUCCCAAUCUGUGCUAUGCCAAGGAGAUCUACGACAACGAGAAGAUCGUUCCCGACAUCAAGGUGUUCUAAGGAGUGGUCCAUCACAUAUAUAUAUAUAGAAAAAAGAUUUUAUUGAUAUCUGAAUUGUAAUAUCAUGACAUAAUCGACAAAGCGCAAUAAAAAAAUGCAAAUCCA